AUGACGCUGAAUUUUGGAAUUCUGUUUCCAGUGUUGAUGAAUUAUUUUCAAGAAACACGUGAGAGAACAGGCAAGUUAUAAGACUGAAGACCCCUUAUACUUGUGUUUCUGCCAAUAUCUGAAAGGAGACCUCCUGUUUAAAUCAGGUGGUGGUCCUGUGUAAAAUUCAAGUGCGAAUAAGUGACCUCUGUAACUACAUUAAACCCCCGGUAAAUCGAACUCUGAAGGGAAACGACAAACAGUUCGACUUAGCGCGUAAUUCGAGUUAUCGGAGUAAAUUUCAGUGAAAUUUUGAUCAAGGGAAAGGAAAUUUAGUUUGAGUUAGCGGGGAAUUCGAGUUAUCCGAGUUCGAGUUAUGGAGGUUCUACUAUAUUCCCGGGGUAUCCAAUCGAUGAAAUCGAUAACCGAUGACAAUUGGUAUCAAGCAAUACCAAUCGAUAUUGAUAGGCUCUAAUCGAUGACCAAUCAUUGGCAAAGAUUCAUGUGGUUAUCAAUUGGUAUCGAUUUUCAAUAACAGUUGAUAGAUAAAUAACUGAUAUCAGUUGGUAUCAAUUGGUUGCAGAUUGACAGAAUUGGCACAUAAACACAUAUGCAGUAAUUGUAAACACAUUUCUCUUAAAUGCUUUUAACGUUAACAAGAGAACAAUACUCUCGCCUUUCUCUUCAAUGCCCUGUCCACAGUAUCCUUUUCGCAUUGACAAAUCAAAAGUUUGUUCCCGUUCUUGCCUCCUGUCCACUCGAAUCCCAUGAAAACAGCAUUAACCGAAACCAGAAACGUCUGAAGUUUGAAAACACUAUCUAAAGUGGAAAACUAUUUAACAUGUCAGCACAUGGACCAAUACUACAGACUUCAAAAAACAGAAAGUGGGUGCAUCGUGCCUUCACAGAAAAAUUCUGGUAAAAUAAAGAAGUUGUAUUUGGCAAACAAUGAAAUUGACAACGACAGCAGCAUUUUUAUUUUGUAAGGGUCCAAGCCUGACUUGCCUCCCCUACUUUGCAUUCCUUGUACUUUUCCUCCUCUAACCCCUUUCUUUGAUUGCAAAAUAUGAAACAUUGUUGCAUAAUUUCCCUCUAUUUUUCCCACUUCCCACCCUGUUAGAACUCCCACCUCCUGCUCUUUCCUCUCUUUCUCCUCCUGUGCCACUCCUGCCCCCUAUUCUUCUAAACUCCCACCCCCUGUCCUCCCCCACUAAUAUGGACGCUUCCACAAGGACAGACACAUGUUGUUACUCCCAACAGUUUCUGCAUUAAAGAGACAUUACUGUUGUUCUUUGCUGGUCACAGAGAUUUAAAAAUUGCUUUUCUUUCACAGCCUGGGUUGGCUCUGUUGGAAUAGCUUGUAUAUUUGCCCUUGGACCUGUCACCAGCAUGUUGGUUAAUCGAUUUGGCUGCCGUCGAACAGCUCUGAUAGGAGCAAUAACAUGCGUCGCCAGCUUACUACUGUCAUCUCUUCCUUCAAGUAUUGCUCUUAUGUAUGUGACGUACAGUAUUCCAUUUGGGUUUGGAAGUAGCUGCCUCUUUAUUUCCAGCUAUGUGGUGAUAUCAUUGUACUUUGAUAAGAGGAAAGCCAUAGCAACUGGUAUUGUGGCCUCAGGAACUGGAACAGGAGUGUUAGUUGUUGCACCGCUCCUUCAAGCCUUACUAGAUAAUUAUGAUUGGAGAAAAACGUAUCGCAUCAUGGCAGGAAUCUUUUCAGUUGUUUGUUUAUUGUGUUUGACUUUUGAUCCUGCGGUACUGAAGAGAAAAGUGAAAGAAACAGAACAGGAUGGGGAAGGAGAAACAGAAAAUUUAGCAGUGAAUCAUGCAAAAAAUGAUGGUAAAGAAGAAAUACAGAAAAAAUGGCUGAAUUUCUCUAUAUUUAAGGAAAAGACAUUUGUUGUAUUAACACUAGCUUACACAGUAGCAUUUUUGGGACAACAUGCUCCAAGAUUACAUUUGGUAAGUAAAAGUCUACUUGCACUCUUAUAACUCUAAGCUUACAACUGCCAGGGGUGUAUAGAAAAAAGCUGUUAGUGACUUGUGAUAAACUGCUAGAUUCUCUUUUGAAAUUGCUUUUUUUUCCUUCGGAAACAAAAAGGGAAUUUGACAUUAAAGGGGUUUUUCAUUAACCAAAAAAUCUGGAAAUUUUCUUUGAUGGAUUAUUUGUCUAUCGGGGUAAGAACGUGUUCUAUUUGACACAAGUUCCAUUCUCUCCUCAAAAUGACAGGGCUUGAACUAGGACAGCGGUUAUAAUCGCUACCAAAGUUACUGAGGUUCAACUACAAACUCUGACUAUGACAGACUUAAAGAAAGAUUUUUUGGUCCUGACAGCACAAUAAUACAAUUAUAAUUGAACAACAAGCGGCAUUUUUGAACACUCAGAAGUAAAAAUCAUUUCUUUUGCAGGGCUGUCGAAAGUAGCCAGCUGCUGACGAAAAUCGCCGGCCUACUUGGUUAGUAUCGGCUGGCUACUCUGCUUGGCAUUUCUUUACGGAUGACAUUUUGUAAAAAAAAAAAUCUCUGGACUGGCUGCUUACUUUGACAACUCAGCCGUCUACUUCAAAAUUUUCGAAAACCCUGUCUUUUGUUUUCUGUUAAUUCAAGUUUGCUCUUCUGCAUCUCUAAUGACCAUCUCUUAUGGUGGUAAAGUGGGUGGGGGUGAGUACCUAUCAUGCAUCACUUUUUUAAAGCCAUCACAUAUCAUGGAGAAAACAAUAGCCAUCAUGCAUAACUUGCUAGUAAGUUAAGCCAGGGGGGGUCCUAUGUCGCCCAUCUGAAUUUUAAAACGUCUCGUGUCGGUGUUUAUAAAUGCUUGUCACUUAUUGUCGGCUUUGCUGUCACUGUCGCAAUUUCAUUUUACGUGUUGUUGCUACUUUCUGGGCCAUGUUGCUUGUCGGAAUUGACCCUGGCAGGGCCUCAGUAAAUGAGGUGCAAUUUUAGAAAGUUAAGAUGGCAAUAUCUCAACCCAUUGUAAUCAGGUCUAAUGAAUAUUGUUUUUAGCAUCCUUUUUUAGUAGGAUGGCCCAUUAACAGUAAAUUGAAAUAACUGUUGAUUGUACAAAAGGGUUCUGUGAGAUCUGGUGUUGUUCAAAUAUUAACUAUAUUAACCAGUAUUCAGACUGGAGGAAUGAGAAAAUGGACCGGAAAAUGAUGUCAUUACUAUCGCUUUUUUUUUGUUCGUGCUUCUAGUUUCAAGUGAUAUUUACCAAUCACGGAAAUCCAAAAUGAAAAUCACGUGUCACAGGUUAUGAAAAUAGUAAAUCACGCCUCGUGCAGCUAAUUUGGGCCCGAUCACGCAUCACACUGAUAAUUUGGGACCCACUGCGUGUCAUAGAAAACCCCUUUGCCACCCUGAUCUCUACCACUGCCAUUUAUUAGUUCAUCCAGUCCAUCCAAAUAUUUUCUGCAAUGACUGAAGUUGACUGCAAAGGGUUUGUGUGAAACAGAGUCCCUGCAUUAAUGUGUCUAGAAAUUGUAGGGAGUAGUGACAGUAGUUAUACAACUGACAACAUUUUCCAAUGAUAAUUUUGCAGGUGAAAUUUGCUGAAGAUCUAGGGAUAUCAGCUGACUCUGCAUCAAGGCUGUUUAUAUACAUUGGCAUUACAACAUUCAUCAGUCGCCUGCUCAGUGGAAUUCUUUGCAACAUGCAUUGUGUAAACUCAUUUUAUGUGUUCAUGUUUGGUUUCAUUCUAGAUGGCUCUUCGGUUAUCUUUCUCUCCCAAGCUAAGAACUAUGGGCAUCUCAUUGUAUUCUCCUUUCUUUAUGGUCUGGCAGAUGGUUUUGUCAUAGGUACCUUUAAUAUUUUAAUACUCUACUGUGUGGAGCCAAGCAAGAGGGCAUCAGCGUUUGGUGUAAGCGCACUGUUUUAUGGAAUUACUACAGCAACUGGCCCUCCAUUGGCAGGUACUUAGAACAAAAUAAUGCUUCUGAUUGGAUAGCCUGCAAAAGAACUUUACUGUUAGGUUGGUCAACAUGGGUGGUGGAUUAGGGCUGGGUUUUUCUGUGAAUGGCAACACAAGACUAGUGUUCUCCCCUUUCUGAAUUUUCUUGUCCACCCCUGGCAUAGCCUGCACCACAGACGACAAUAAACUCUGGUUAAGUCAGUCUGCGAAACAGCGCUGAAAUCCUUGUUCUGAGACCUGUUUCUCAAAAGUCAUGGUAACUUUUCAGGCCCGGAAAGCUGUUUUGUCUUUGUUGUGUUUGCAUUCAGGAUCAAAGUUUCGAUAAUUUUAAAAAUAAUACAAUGGAACUAGCAGUUAACGAAGCAAAAUAGAUUAGUUUGUGGGCUAGGAACUGUGCUAUUAUUCAACAAGUUUGGAUUUGAAAAUUUGCCUUCGGGUCGGAAAAGUUUCCGGGCUUUUCAAGAAACGGGCCCCUGGGCCCCCAGCUGUGUACCAGGAUUUGAGUAUGCGCCAUGAUUGGCCUAUUAAAUAAGCCAUUGUUGGUUUGCCAAUCAAGAUGAAAGGAAAAAUUCGAAACAUAUUUCCGGUAAUUCGUUGAGUCCGUUGACGGCUCAGAACAAGGAUAUCGGUGCUGCUUUAGGGCGCAGACGUUACUAACCAGUGGCGGAUCCAGGAGAGGGGCCCAGGGCUGGGGGCUCACACCUUCCCUUAUUUUUAGAUCAAACUGCGGCCCGAAGGCCCCCCCUUAUAAAGACCUUAAGAUUCGAGGACGAGUCGAACGACUACGACUACGAGAUUUGACUUGAGGCUUUUUUGCGUAUACUAAUAAAAUAGACACUGACACCCCGGAAAGCUUCAUUGUCCUUUUUUUUCACCUGAUUGGUCAAUGAAGAUAUUACAUUGGCACAACGCCGACCAAAACGCACCACUCUCGGCUAGAGCCUUUACAGUCAAUAACAUCACGACUUACUGAUUGACCAAUCACGUCAAUAGAUCAACGAUACAUGCUUUGACCUGUUGACGACUUGCGCAGGCACAUGCUUUUUGUAUUUAAAACUACUGACCACACCGUGGAACAUUUGCAGCUAUCUUGAGACAAAAUAAUAAUUGCCCGGGGGACUGAACACGCUUGGGAGCGACUGAGCCAUAUUAGAACUAUUUUGACAAUCAAUACUUCUCUUUUGUACUUGUAGGUUUUAUGGCGGAUCGUCUGAACACUUACGUACCAUCUUUUAUCUUGUGUGCGGUUGUAGAAUUUCUUGCUGCGGCCUUGCUUUUUGUUAUUAUUUGUGCUAAAGAAACAUCAAGAAGUCGCUGGCCUAUAGAUUGUAAUCAAGGUGACAGCCAACUGUGUGAAGUAGAGGAGAACAAUGAGGGUUUUACUAAUGGACAACAGAGUAAAAUUGGGUUGCCUGGCGAGACAGCAGAAAAGGAGUGAAUUAAUGGUACCCUCAAGAAUCAGCUUUGGAAUCACUUUUGUCAGCGGUUUCUUUCAAAAGGAUCAACGUCAUUCUGAUUUAUCCAUUUAUAUGUCUACAGUCAUGAAAUCUGCGAAAACGGAACAAAUACGAGCGAGCUCAAGGAUAGCGCGUCAGUCAAAGGCCGUGGACUGUUGCGAAACGUGGUUCUG